CACACUGUUGCAUCUUCACGUGUUUUCUUUCUGUUUAUAUUUUAUUUUCCUUAAUAAAUCGGCUUCUUUUAAGCAAAUGGAGUGUUUAAAUGCGGAAAUAUCAGCUGACGGAGUGGCUAAAAGCAUAGAGACCGAGGAGAUUGCGGAAACUGUAGUGAAAGCUUAUGAAACCACGCGUGCAAAUGGCGAGGAUGAAGCCGGAACACCCGGCGAGGAAUACGCUUACUUGGAGCGAAAUGAAUUCACUUCGGAAAUAUUCAAAGUUGAAGUGAAGAACAUGGGAUAUUUCGGUAUUGGGGAGUUUAAGAAGCUUUUGAGAAACACCCUCAAAUUCGACGUGACCAAAAUCAAGGCUCCAACCCGAAAAGAGUUCGCCUUUGUGUGCUUCCGCAGUCAGGAGGAUCAACAGAGGGCCUUGGAGAUCCUGAAUGGAUACAAAUGGAAGGGAAAGGUGCUGAAGGCUCAUGUUGCCAAGGCCUCGGCCGAUCCUCUGCAGAAAAAACGAGCUGCCGAGGAUCAGGAGUCGGAGAGAAAGCCCAAAAAACAACGUACGGCGGUGGAAGCCACGUGUCCUCUGUCGCACAUUGCCUACGACCAGCAGCUCAAACAGAAAUCCGAGGAGAUGUCGGCACUUCUGGCGAAAUACACCCAGGAACUUAGGCGGGUCAAUCCGCGGGCAAAGCCACACUUGGAUAAGUUCCAAUUCCACGGGGUGCUUCCCUCACCCACCGUCAAUGGGUAUAGAAAUAAAAACGAGUUCACCGUGGGAAAGAACUCAGCAGGCGAAGUGGUUGUGGGCUUCAGAUUGGGCUGCUACAGCGAUGGAUCUGUGGAAGUAGCCGAGGUCGCAGACUUGCCACAUCUACCAGAGCAGGCCAAGUGGGCCGCUCGCAGUUUCCAGGACUUGGUGAGGAAAUCCAAGUUCUUGCCCUUUAACCCGGACGGAAAUGUUGGCCACUUCCGACAGCUGAUGGUACGGUGCUCCAGUGCCACAGGUGAACUUAUGCUGGUGGCGGGCAUAUACUCCUCCAACUUAAGUGAAGACGAACAAGCUGAACUUAAGCAAGAACUGAAGUCCUUCUACGAAGAGCUUGGGAAGGAUGCUCCGUACAAAUGCACCUCUCUGUAUUACCAGGAUGUUAAACAUCGGGAAGCAGGGCAGACGAUUAAUCCGGUGGAACACAUUUCGGGCAGCACCCACAUCACCGACACCAUACAGGGACUCCAGUUUCGAAUCAGCCCACUGGCCUUUUUCCAAAUCAACACAGAAGGAGCCAACGUGUUGUAUCAAAAGGCCAUUGAUCUAGUUGCUCCUACUAAGGACACAACCAUGUUGGAUAUCUGCUGUGGUACUGGCACCAUUACACUUGCCUUUGCUAAACACUGCAAGAAAGUGAUGGGCGUGGAGAUCGUCCCUGAUGCCAUCAAGGAUGCCGAGUUUAAUGCGGAGGCGAAUGGCAUUAAAAAUGCGAAGUUCUUCACAGGAAAUGCAGAUGAUUUCAUCAAGAGUAUGGUGCGCGAAGCUCUCUACGAUCAGGAGCCGGGUAAACCGUUGGAUCUUAUUGCCGUGGUCGAUCCUCCUAGGGCUGGGCUGCACCACCGCUCUAUAGCCGCAAUCCGAUCAGCAGAUGCCAUCAAUCGUCUGGUCUACGUCUCCUGCAAUCCGCACAGUGCUAAGCGGAAUUUCAUCGAGCUGGCCCGACCGGAGUCUAAGCAAUACAAGGGGGAGCCAUUCUACCCAAAGUCCGCAGUGGCCGUUGACAUGUUUCCCCACACCAUGCACACCGAACUGGUCAUUCUGUUCGAGCGUGAACCUAAAACAAAGGCGGAUGGGAAGUCAGCGCCAGCGGAGGGGGCUGCACAGUCAAAGUCUGAGGCAACCGAAGAAGCUGUAAGCGAGGAGAACACCGCAUCCGUAACGUGACGUGUUUGUUGCCGGGUCAGUUGCGAUUCGCUGAGACACCCAAUAUGUCUCAGUACCUCCUAUCUGCCGCGAUGCUGGCCUCUAUCAUUGUCUCUCUUUGUGGCGACUGCUCUACGACUUUUAUUGUUUUAAAUUGAUUUAAUUGUAUUUACGCUGUGCGACGGGGAGGAAGUGGAAAAAGUGACAGAUGCGACUUCCUAUUUAGCAAAAGACUAAGUUUAAAGCCCUGUUAAACUCGACAUAGUCCGACAUCCCCAUCAGUGCUACUCAGGCCUCUGGAGGCCCCUGUGUGCGUGAUAAGAAUCGCUGCUUCGGUGGAAGUGUGGUGCUCAUAUAGUGCUCAUAAAGGUGUAGCAACCGCGUGAAAAAACAGCUGGGAGGUGCUCCAAGUCCAACGCCCCCUCAAGGGCAAAUUGAUGAACAACGACCCUGACAGCGAUCAUUGAUCAUGUCCGACCAGGUACCACUUAACGAUUAUUUCAUAGUCUAAACAUAUGUUCUAUUGUUAAAAGUAGAAAGGGUAGUAUUUAAAAGAUGUUGACGUUGAUAUUGAUCUAUCAACCAUAUUAAAAGAUUCGAAAAUGACUUCA